UUAUUUAGAUGCUUCGCCAAACAAAAUAUGGAGAAAGUUCGAGCCAAAAAUUCGUGUUCAGGCUGAGCGUGAGCACGGAACCGAGCUCCCACGGCCCGUUCCUGACCGGAUGGCGGAGCCACGCGGCCGCCGUCAACCGGCCACCGCCCCGCUCCGCCACUGCCGCGCCUGCAGCACCUGCGAAAGGAGAUCCCAAGUACCUGGACGAUUCCCCGGCCAGGUUCAGCCCGGCCCUUCCCUUCAGCUCGAGCGCCAGGCAGUGCUCGCUCACCCGCUCGCGCUACUCUGCUUACGUCACAGCAAGCUGCCGACCACCGAUUCCGCUCGCGCGCUGCACCAACACCUCACCAGCAACGCCUUCGACCACUCCACCGCCGGGAAUCGUCGGUUUCCCGGCCGCUCGAGGGCACCGAGCUUCCACUACGGUCCCGCCGUCGACGACCCCCUUGACGGACAUCUCCGCCCCGACUGCGUGCACAGGAGAGACUUCCGGUGUAUGUAUCGAUCAAGUUGUUAUCGUGGUUGAAUCGGCAAUUGUCCAACAGACUAUCAGAUUAUUAUACCUUUCAAAUGCGUGUUGACCUAAUUACUAUUAUUAAAAUGAUGGUUAGCAUAUUUAAGCGGGUUUAAUUUGGACGGUUCUCCAUACUGCAAUAGCUAUUAAGCAGAAGGAGCAUGUGUAAGAGAGUCUAAUAGUUUGGGAUAAAGCUUCGAGUAACCUUAGACACUAACGCGUACAUCGCGACAGUGACCAUGAACGCCACCUUCGUGAUGACUCUUUCUCAUAGUAAGGAUGUGGUAGGAUGUGGUAUAUGUGGGUUGGUUAUCCUUUCUUUUGGUUGGAACC